GGGUAUCGUGAUGUAGGCCUCUACUGGGCUGGGUCUGUCAUGAACAGCAUCAUCGUUUUCUUACCUGGGAAUAUUGCUGGCAAGUUUGGUGGCAACGUCAAAGCCUCGUACUUCCUCAAUAUGCCGUACAUCAUCUUCCCACUGCUUGGUGCAUUCCGGUUUCUAAGAAGCAGAGAACCUGUUGAUGUUCCAGAGGAAGAGAAAAUCAAAGCCCAGAAGAAGAGUAUUUUCCAAAGACCAUUUGAUCUAAUGAUGGUGAUAUACUUACUGAUCUCAUGUGUCUUCUCUUUCAUCAGGAUGCUAGCUGCAUUGAACAGUCCAAUCCCAUUUGCACAAGCAUAUGUAAAAUUUUAUGAACCUUAUCUUCUGGAUCCAGUUAUCUAUCCUAAGUUACAGGUAAGAUUAUCCAAUUUUAAUUUUA